AUGGCGGAUAUUGUCAGGCUUCUCGUACCGAACUCGAUCGCUGUCAGUUUAUAUACUGCAUUGAAACAUUUCACACCGUGUAAUACGAUAUCCAAGGACAGGUCAGCUUCGAAUACAGUUCAAAUCGUAAUAGGUCACGUUUGUAACAGUUUUACGAGUGAUUUUUCAGUGAACGCGGGCGACACAAAGCCGAAGGACCCCGUGAACUCUCAGCUCGGCUGGUUCCCGUACGUGGUAUCCGUCAGGGUGGACAACCAACAUGUCUGCGGCGGUGCUAUCCUCGACAGCACUCACGUACUCACUGCCGCGCACUGCCUGACGGAACACGUGAACAACCCCGGCAGCGUGGAAGUUGUCACUUCCGCUGUUCUCCUGGACCAGGGUGGCGAACUUCAUCGCGCCUCUCGUUUCGUCGUUCCACCGGCUUACCCUAAAGUCGACGAACUGGACAUAGCCGUGAUCAAGCUGCAAGAUCCUAUCGUUGAGAAUCAGUAUCAGCACCGAAUCGCACUCAGCCAGGUCAAGCCGCCGACGAACACUUACGCGUUAUUGGUCGGAUGGGGGGAAAUUCCUAAUUCCAAACCACCACGACUAACGAACGCACAGCAGUACGUGUACAUUUGGAUCAUCGACACUGAUAAAUGCAACGCGUACUAUCAGCGCGAGCAUGGACAACAUAUCUGUACGUCGACUAGGUCGAAUUACGGCGUUUGUCCAACCAGCGGCGUAUGA